AUGUUAUCAUCCUUCGGAAGCUCGAGCCAGCCAUUCGACGGCGACGGUGCGUUCGCUGGCUACUCGUUCUCCAAUUUCGACGGCAACUCGGUCAAGGACUCGGCAGGUGACUCGUCUCCGAUUUUCGGUGGCGCGUCGUACAACGAUGGAGAUGAUGUGUUCUCCGCUCAUGCGGCGGCGGAGAUUACGUCUCCUCCUCCGAUCUACUCCGCCACCGAGGGAUUCGCCGCGUUUUCGCCAGAGCAGAACGGGGAGGGUGUGGACGGAGGUUUUGGAAAUUCCGCUGGCCCGAUCUUGCCGCCCCCGAUGGAUAUGGCGAUGGAGGAAGGGUUUGCUCUGAGAGAGUGGCGAAGGCAGAACGCGAUUCAAUUGGAUGAGAAGGAGAAGAAGGAGAAGGAGAUGCGGUUGCAGAUAAUAGAGGAAGCGGAAGUGUACAAAGUUGAGUUCUACAGAAAGCGUGAGGUUAAUGUUGAGAACAACAAGGCUUCUAACAGGGAAAGAGAGAAGCUAUUUUUGGCGAGCUGGGAGAACUUCCAUGCUGAAGCUGACAAAAACUAUUGGAAGGCCGUUGGUGAACUAAUUCCGCAUGAAGUGCCCUCAAUAGAGAAGAGAGGGAAAAAGGACAAAGAGAAGAAGCCUUCCAUUGUUGUAAUCCAGGGUCCAAAACCAGGGAAGCCAACUGACCUUUCAAGAAUGCGCCAGAUAUUGUUGAAGCUCAAGCAUAAUCUCCCUCCACAUAUGAAGCCCAAGCCUCCACCAUCUUCAGAAACCAAAAAGGACGCCAAAACUGGACCACCUGAUGGAGCUAGUACAAGUUCUAAUCCUCCCAAGGUUGUGGCUGUGGCAACUCCUGAGGUUGUUGCUGUAGCUUGA